CUCUACCGGAGUCUUCUGGUGUCACACAAUCUGCUCCCCGCAAAAUCUUGCAUCUGCUUUUGCGGGGAUAGAUGAAGGAUCUACAUCUCUGGGAAAUAAGGCUGGAUAUAUGAGCUUAAAAGGCAGGCAGGAGAGAAAGACCAGAUGGUUUCAAAAUGAGAGAAACAAUCAAAGGGACGUUGGACGAGAUUCCGUUCAGCUUCUGGAUUCAGCGUAUCCAACACCCAUGGACACUCAAGGGAUCGCAUAUUGCAACUACUGCCGGCAGAAUGCGUCGCAUGGCAUCGAUAUUACGCGUUAGCGAAUCGAAACCUUGCAAUCAAAACCUCAUGGACGACAACGUGGUAUUCCACGUCCUGCAUAAACGGUUACAAAAAAUUUGCGACCUCACUUUGGCUCACGAGGCGAUCUUCACCAUCGGUACGGUAGAAGCGCGACUCCAGUUUGCCAUAUCGGAGGCAUCCAGAAGGAUUUCCAAAUUUAUGAGCCUAUCCGGACAACGAGCGUCAACCAUGGGGUUCUUGCAGAGUUUCUAUGUUCACUUCUCGAGCAGCUGUAAUCGCCCUUAUUUCGUGCUCCACGUAGAGAUUUCCAGCACAGGGGCCGGCCUGCCGCCUUAACCCUGUAUGAACACACAGCCCUCAAGGGAGUCCUACGAAUUAAGCUUGAGUCUUGGGUCCAGAAAAAUACGCAGGGGGAAGCCGCCGCAGGAGGGUCCUCUGAAACUAAGCUCUCCGUAUCUUUGGAGUCAUGAGGCCUGUUGGAGAAGAUACAUAACCAGGAGCGGGAGUUGGUUCCCCGAUCGAAAGAUCACUUCUCCAACCCGUGCUGACAAGGCCCAUGCUAUGCAGAUAUUGUCUAUAAGCCGAAGUUAACGGCCAACCCAUGCUCACUUUCUCCAAUUGCGUUACCCCACAGCU